CGGCAACCUGCUCAUCAGUAUUCGUAGUUCCUACCUCUGGGCUCUGACCGUUUUAUGUUUGUUAUUUGAAAAGUAUUUGUUGCUUACUAACAUUGUUCUUUAUUUUAAUGUACUUUUAAUACUUUCUAAUAUACUUGUUUGAGCCUAACAAUAAAAUAUGGCACCUUCCAAAUUGACAAACCUGAAGAUGGCUGAAACACAAAACCCAUCUUAUGGAUCAAAACGGAGAGAUAACUGAACAAAAUGAUUUGAACAACUAAGCUUCUUCAUUAUCUGCUGUGCUAUAUGGUCAGGAAUAGUCAAAAAGGGCUGAAAUACAAGAAUGAAACAGAGAUGCAACAAAGAUAAACGGUUAAAGAUGCUGUUACGACGGAUGGCCUCUUUGACCCAAGCAAACGAAAACAUGAAAAUCACCAAUGAACAACUUGUAAAUAAAGUUGUCGAGACAGAUUUGCUUUUGUCUAAUCUGAAGAAUGAAAACCAUACAGUUAUGAAACAAAAUUUCAACUUGUUAACUGAAAAUAAUAAGCUGAAGAACGUUUUACAAAAGUUGAACCACAAUUUAACGAAGCUGAUCACUUGGCACGGAGAUGCUUCUCAUAUUUUGCUCAACAGCAAAACAAUGUUGACUAACCAGAAUUUAAAUUUGUCUAUUUUUGAAGACUAUUCUAGUGCAGGUAGUACUUGUAACUUUUUAAACACAGCAGAAUGCGAUAAAACAGCUAAAUCCAAGGCGCAGGCAAUGGUUAAUCCGAUGAUAGAAGGUCAAAUCAUCAAAAGUCCAAUGGUAUCAUUAAAACGAUUAAAGUUCAACAGCCAAGAACUUCACGAAGAGAAGAAAGGACUUCGAGAAUUGACCAGACACUUUGAUACAGAAAAACUAAGCCCUAUCUCUGAAGCAGUUCCUUCUACUUCUCGUCGAUUAGGUUGGAGACAUGGUCCGAGAUUUAAUGAUGUUGCGCAACAAAGAGAAAGAGAAAUUCAAAUGGCUGUCGAAUAUGGUCUUCAAGGAAUUCCGAUGGUUCGAUUGCAUGAUGUAUCAACGCUGUUGAACAAUUCGUCAUUGCUUAUUCUCAACCAAAACGAAAACGACAAUGAUGUUAAUAACAGUGAAUCAUUAAAUAGACAGAAAAGUGUUGAAGUGGAAAAUCGUUCGAUUGAAACGCCCGUCGAUGGUGACAAUGAUUGUUUCGUCGUGGUGCCAACCCGCCAAGAAGAAGAUCGAAGCCGUUCUUUGGAUUCCAAUAAAAGUUCGUCUAGUAGUUCAUUUACUUUAGAUUAUUCCUCAUCCAGAAUUACCAAAUUUAGGCGUAGAAUAACUCCAGUCUUUGACGAACUCAAUACUUCUGGCAAAAGAAACAGAAAAAAGAAAACAAGUCGAAGGGAAUGUUGCACUCGCAACCCGUCUCAAAUGAGUCUGACUGAUCAAGACAAUGAAUCCAGCUUAUCUACAAGAAGUUCAUCAAGGCAAAAGAAAGCAAUUAAUUAUAAAGAAGAAAAACUAAAUUCAAAGAAGAGAAGAGAAUAAUAAAACUGUAAAUACCUAUUG